GGGCAUUUAACUUGCCAUGGAGGAAUUUAAGUCGAUAACCCCAACCACGUCUGUGGUGAAAAUUUCGGCAUGUUUGGAAAAAAUAUUUCGUAAAAUAGUUGAAAGUCGCGAGAAAAAAAUUGCCGAGCAUAAUAUAAAAGAAAUUGAAUUUUUGAAAUCACAAUGCAAAGCGGAAAAUGUACAACUUGGCUUGAUGAGCUGUCAGACGUUUGUACGUUUGGUGGAAGACGGUGUCUUGGAGGCCAAUAAUGUUUUGCCCAUGCUGUUAUCAAUGUUGCCUAAUUCCAGUCCCAUUCAAUAUACCACCAUUACAGAGGGUAUUGUCAGUCUCCUACUGCUGAAUUUGAAACGUAAGGCUGCCACGCUAAAGGAUAAGGAAAAAUUCCAAUCACAAUUUGGCCUAAAAACGCAGCAACAUCCCAUGAUUACUUUACUGCAAAAUCCAGGAGUUAACAUGAAUGACGUAGCGAAUAAAAUUAAUGGCAUUUGUAAUCAUCAUGACAAACAGAUCAAAGAAUAUAGCAUAGAAUAUUUGCGUCCAGUCUAUUUAUAUAUUUUGUGCAAUCCACAAACAUUAUCCGAUUCCAAAACGAUAUGGACCGGUCUUCUGGCAUUGAGUAAACAUCAUGUGGAGGCAAAGACCUUAAUGCAAGAAGUCUUGUCGUGGAGUAAAAUAACAACAUCCCAAAAUUGCCUGUUCACAUCUACCUUGCUCAUCGAAGCCAUUGAACAUUUCUUAAGCCAAAAAGAUUUCAAACAAUCCAUUGAGUUAUCGGUAUUUCAAAUGUUGGUUGUAAAUCAUUUGGUCAAGUUCGGUAUAGAUCCGCGACCCAGUUUACAUUGUACUCUGAGAGUUUUGCACUCGACACGCGAACAUUCACAGAGCCAUUAUAAUGUUAUGUUGGUCCUGCUCUCGGAAAGUUUACAUUUGCUAUCACCCAUCUAUUUGCCCGACCUGCUGCGUAUCAUCUCCUUUAUUGUGGUUCAGGAAAACUGUGGGCAUCAAUACAUUCUGAACAUGUGUCUAGAUGGUAUCAUCCAGUGGAUGUCUCAGACUGCAUUCAUACCUGCAGAUGGUCUGGCCAUAGCACAUCAAAUUGUACGUAAAAUAUUGGAUGUCAUAAAGGGUAAAGCCACCACCACACCUGUACAAACUAAAAACUUUGAGACGGCAACCAUCCGAUAUUUCCACCCAGAUAUAGCAAUGGCAUUUGAUUUGGCCAAACUGGUGGAAUCAUAUGAUGAAUCAGAAGAUAAAGAUGUUUAUACAUUUGUCGAUACGCUUAAUGUUAAGGCGAACACGACAUUUUGUCAGCGUUUACAUUUAUUUUUGCGUGCCUUAUUUCUGUCGCGCGAACCAUCCGUGGAUUGUUGGUUUAAAAUCUACGAAGUUAUUUUGGAAAUAAUAAAAGUUAAUGGCGAUAUUGCAUAUGAUUUCCUUAUGACUUAUAUUUUCAAAUUGGCCGGUGAACAUAAUCCUGAAUUGCAAAUGGAACUUUUAAGAGGUUUGCCAAAUUUUGCCAUAUCGAAGGACAAUAUACCCAUGAUAUUGAAUACCAUACGCAAUUUGUGUAGCUAUAAUCCAACCUUUAGCAUGGACUUGUAUUUGAAACUUUGGCGUGUGGAAUCACGAACCUAUCCGUUUUUGGUGAAGUUGCUGUCCUUGCCUUCCAAAGAUGUCAAAUGUAAUAAAUGGGAAUUCGAUGUGGCAAAAACAUAUACCAUUCGUGAAAUAUGCUAUGAAAAACCCACACAACACGGUUCCGAUUUGGUAUCCCACCUCUCAGAUAUUCUCAACACCUGUACAGAUGAUGCUGGCGAUUUACCAACCUCCCUAGCCCUAGAUGCUAUUGUAGCAUUGUGUGACAGUAAUACCGUUAAUAUAACCUCAACAUGGCGUGUAUUGAGUAGUAAAUUCCGACAUGAAAAACGACCCAGGGCUCUGAAGUCGUUAUACAAAUUCUUUGCUCAUGUUCCAUUACUACAAACUCCCACAUUGGAAUUUGAACAACUGGUUGAUGAAGCUCUCGAUCAAUUAUGGUUAACCAUAAGUCGUUCUGAUAGUGAUCCGGAGAUGAUACGUGAAGCUUUGGAAGCCCUUAAACACUAUGAAAUCGGUACACUAUUGACCCUUAAACAUAUACCACCACAAUUCAGGCAUGAUUUACAUGUUGCACGAGAAUAUAAAGGACCGAAUGGUCGAGAAGUAGUGGAUCUCGAGCAGGAAAUGAUACCCGGAGAAGUAUGGGUACAAUUGUUGCAAAAGAUACGCCCCGAAUGUGGAGCAGCGGCUGCUGAUUUAAUUGCUCAUUAUAUUUAUGGUGAAAUAAAUGAAUUCCGUGGUGGACUUUAUCGUCUGCCAGAUGGCAAGCCCGAACCUCGUAAACUACAGGGCUUAUAUCCACAAAGUCCUUUGCGUGCAAUUGUCAGUUAUUUGGUUAAUCAAUCGCGUUAUGGAGAUCAUGUUGCUGAACCCAUCGCCGUCACCAAUGCUCUGAGAGCUAUAUCGAAAAAGUUCCCUAAGCCCAUACCACCGGUAGAUUGGAGUUUCCUCCAUUCCUUUUUCCAUUUGUCGUUUGACACCAGAAAAUAUUGUAUCCUUAUAGCGAAAAAUCAGCUAUUACAUUCCGGCACCGCUAAACGUUUAUUGGAGAAUUUCCUCAUGGAAUUCGAACCAAAUUGUUUCGAAGAAGAUUUGUUGCUGUUGUUCUCUUUAUUGCCGGAAAUCUCCAAUGGUGUUAGUUUGACCAUAUUGAAAAAUUUUGCAGAAAAAGUUGCCGUGUACUGUUUUAAAGAAUCCCAGCUGGCUGGUUUUAAUGAAGGAUGCCUCUUUGAGAAAUUUAUGGAUAGUGUGAAAUAUAUUUUCAUGGGCAAAUGUGAGAUACCAGAAGUGUUGGAUAUAUUCACGUUGAUUGUUGAACGUUAUAUGGAUUCCAUGGAUAUCGAUUCGAAACUAUUUCAACGUUAUACUGAAGCUGUGGCAGUCUUACCUAACAAUGCCAUUGAUGGUCUCACUUUGCCUUCCAACUGGUGGGAAACACCCAUUGGGAAAUUGAAAAAGGCAACAGUGAUACGUUCGUAUUUGGUAUUGUAUAAUGGAAAUCUGAAUAAUCCUCUGAAAUGGCUUAAUCCCAUCAUUGAUGCCUAUGCCACACGCAAAGAAGAUCAAUUGUUUUUCUUUAGACACUUAACCUCAGUGCUGUAUGCCUUCAACAGCGAUGAACAGUCCUGUAAUUGGAUAAUGGAAAUGUUUAUACAAAUUCAAGCUCUCUUGGCGGAAUCAUCGAAUAAAGAGAAAUUGGAAAAGGUUUUGUAUUUAUUAGAUAUUUUCAUACUGUCCGUGGAUGUGUUAUCCGGUUGUGCUGUGCUAUUGGGUAAUUUAGAUGUUGUAGCUACACAGCGCAACGAAAGAUUCCAAAUAUUUCCAGAGAGUAUGCAAUUCUUGUGUGAUCACAUCUUUUGGAAAGAUCAAGAAGCGAAGAUUUAUGAGUUCCUUUAUAAUCUCUACAAGAACCCAGUUAUACCCGAGAUUUAUACUUCCAUUUUCAAAGACGCCAUUAUAUGUUCCCGCAACAAGCCUUACUUUGAUGCCAAGGGUAUUUGGACAAAAUAUGUUGGCAUGCGAAAAUGAGUUUUGGAUGUG